UAUCGAAAGGAACAAUACUAUUGCAGAAAGUAUCGAUAAGUAUUGUUGUCAACAAUUUGUUGAGAUUGAUAAUAUUUUUCAAAAAUAUAAUAUUGCUGCAACACUACCAUUAUUUCAGCCCUUACUGUACAAAAAGUAAACAGACAAUAAACUAUCCAUGUCUGUGCUAAUUUAACCUCUCAUUUUUUUGUUAAAGAAGUUCCAUCAAAUUUAAUUUAGUGAUUAAAAUAAAUGUUCACUCCAAAUUCAAUCCAAGAACCUCCAGGAUAUCUUGUUGAUCCUCCAAUCGAAACACCAUCAAAUCGUGUGGUUCAACCUCAACCAGCUACACACUUGGUGCAGCCAUUUCAUUCUGAGCUUAAUUAUGGAGCAAAAUUACCAUUGACCAAUCCUGAUGGUUGGCAGCCAGGUCGUACAGUGCCUUUUAGUCCACCAGGAUUAGAAAGCUUGAUUCAAAUUGAUCAAAUUCUUGUUCAACAGAAAGCUUGUGAUAUGUCAAACAAAUAUCAAAUGGUAAACAUGAAAGGACAACAUAUCUUCACUGCUAUUGAAGAUACCACUUUUUGCUCAAUGUUUUGCAGUGGACCAUUGCAUACCAAAAUUACCGAUUCCGAGGAACGAGAAGUUAUAAAUCUUCACCGGCAAAUGCCAUGUGAAAACUGUUGUUUUCCUGGUUGUCUUCACGAUAUGCAAGUUACUGCGUCUGGUGUCGUUUGUGGUUUUAUUGAACAAACUUGGAGUCUUUGGCAACCUAAAUUCAAAGUUUGUGAUUCUACUGGUGAAACAAUUUUACGAAUUAAAGGGCCAGGUAUCACCUGUACCUUCUGCCAAGAUGUUAAAUUCAAAGUAUUAACAAGAGAUGGUAAUAGUGAAAUUGGUAGCAUUACUAGAAAAUUGUCCGGUUUAUCUGAAUUAUGCAACGACAUUAACCAAUACGGCAUUUCAUUUCCAAUGGAUUUAGAUGUUAAGAUUAAAGCUGUAUUAUUGGGAGCCUGUUUAUUAAUUGAUUCGAUUUAUUUGAUAUUUUAAACGUUUUAACUAGAGAUCUUAUUGCAGUUUUGAAAAGAGAUUCAUCUCUCAUUGCCAUUUCUUAUCGUAAUUUUCAUUUGUCAAACUACUUUGUAACCAUCAAUAAAGGAUUUAAAAGAAA